UAAGUCUGCACCCUGACCAUGGCUGAUUUUGGGGAAAUCCUGCGUAACAUUGGAGAGUUUGGAUUGUUUCAGAAGACCGUCCUCUUUGCUCUUUGCUUCCCAAACCUCCUCUUGCCUUUCCACUUUGCGAGCGUAAUUUUCACCCAGUCCGACCCGGAGCGGCACUGCAACACGGACUGGAUCCUCAGAGCAGCUCCUAACGUGACCACAGAGGAGCAGCUGAACCUCACCGUGCCCAGGGAGGAGGAUGGGAGCUUCAGCCGGUGUCGGAUGUUCGUCCCUGUGGACUGGGACAUCCAUGAUAUCAGGGAGUAUGGCCUCAAUGAGACGACAGGCUGCAGGGAUGGAUGGGUUUAUGGCAGCAUGCUGUAUGAAUCCACCAUAGUUACUGAUUUUGAUCUAGUUUGUGACCAGGCUCAUUUGUUGGGCAUUGCGCAGACGGUGUUGAUGGCUGGCAUCCUCGCUGGUUGUCUCUUAUUUGGACCUUUCGCUGAGUCGUUUGGCCGUAAACGAGCCGCUCAGAUCCCCGUAGUUCUGAUGCUCCUCUUCUCUGUAACAACUGGGUUAUGUCCGAACUACCCUUUAUAUUUGGCCUCCCAGUUCGUGGCGGGGAUUGGAUAUGGAGGCUAUCGACUAAAUGGCAUCAUCCUAAGCACUGAAUGGAUCGGCGUGUCCAAACGGUCCUGGGGAGCCUGCAUCACUGAGCUAUGCGGUGCCGUUGGACAGGCCAUCCUCAGUGGCAUGAUCUACUUCAUCAGAGACUGGAGACUGGCUCAACUGGUCAUAGCUGCUCCGUUUGCUGUGAUCACUUUUUACAUAUGGUCUGUGGGAAAAAGUUUUGCAUUUAGCGUUGCAACAGGGUUUUCUGGCUCGAUGCAGUCAGCCAGAUGGUUGUUGGAUAGGGGACGGACAGACGAGGCUAAAGAGCUGAUCAUCAAAGCGGCGGCCAUUAACAAACGCAAAGUUUCAGACUCUCUCCUGGAAAAGAUUACUAUCAAAGAAAAUGUGCAAAAUGGAGGCAUAAUAUGUCUUAUUAAAUCUCCUGUGCUGAGGAAGUAUUUCCUUACCAUUAUUUUGGCAUGGUUCUCCUUGAAUGUUACCUACUUCUGCCUUUCGCUGAAUGUGGGAAACUUUGGCUUGGACAUCUUCCUGACUCAGGCCUUGUUUGGCCUCUCUGAAGUACCGGCUCACAUUGUUUGCAUUUGGCUCCUGGAGGCGGUCGGAAGAAAAGCGUCACUGAUCACCACACUUGUGAUUGGAGGAUUUCUGUGCCUCUUGAUCCUCGCCGUACCUCAAAGUAAUGCCAUUGCUGUCAUUGCGUUAGCCACUGGCGGACGUUUUUUGACCAACUGCGCCGCAUCUAUAUGCAUCUUGUAUGUUCAGGAGCUGUUCCCGACGUCUUUUCGACAAACUGCCUCAGGUUUGGGCUCCAUCGCCAGCCGAGCCGGUGGAUUGCUUUCCCCGCUGCUCAACAUGCUGGCCGUGUACCACUGGUCCAUCCCUAUCGUGGUCUACAGCAGCCUCCCCAUCCUCAGCGGAGCCCUCUGA